CCUCCUGGCGCACUGCUAAGAUCUUUCCACAGACACCAAGCAAACGGGGUCGCAAGAAAGGAGGCGGAAUUAAAACGAGAACGAAAGAAGAUAAAACAGGAAUAUUAACCAAGAAUAAGUGUAUAUUGUUUCUCAGUAACUUCGGUUUUUUUUUCGCUGUCUUGGGUAAAACACACCCAAACUGUAAGCCCUAGCCUUAUUCGUUAGGGUUUGAGCAGUUUGAGCGUAACUUAUGUAGGCUAUAUUUUUUUUCUUGUUUAAUUGUAUGUGUAAAACCGGAAUGAAUGACAAAGACAAAGGUUGAUGUGAAUUCGCCUACUCAUUUUGUCUCGCCUAAGGAAAGGAGACACGGGCACAAAAUGGAAAGCGGGAAUGGGAGCAGCAAUAUUGGGCAGACGCAGCCCCAAGAACAACACCAGUUUCAGCAACAGCCGAGUGUCCAGCCACACCAAGUGAACGAGAAGAAGAAAAUAAACCGAGCACCCUCGCCCGCACGACCCAAAGACGUCCCUGGUUGGUCCCUAACAAAGAUCAGGGGAGGAAUUGGCACGCCAACCUUAAGUGUUAAACCUGGAGCCAUACACCUGGGGAGCCGGGUGUCUAGGCGCAGCCCGGGCAGUGGGAAAGAAAUUAAAUCUGAAAAGGGAAAAGUCUCUGGAAAAUCCCUGCUAUCCGUGGCUGGUUCUCAAAAGAGCAGCGGCAAAUCUGCAAAAUCCUGUCGGAGAAAGAUAUCAGAUGCCAGCAACGCCUCCGACGACCUGAGCAAAGACUCGGGUUGCGCCCCGGGCAAGCUGUCGCCAACAGACAGUAGCUCAGAGCUCUCCGAUUGCGCUUCCGAAGAAAAUAAACUUUCCACGGACGCCCUAAGCAGUGACACUGAAUCCAGCAGCCGAGGCGGGGGAGCAGAGGGGGAGAGUGCAACCAGGGAUCAUGGAAAUGGGCGAUCAGACAGGGGUAGUCGAGGUGAUCAGCAUGCAAAGACCCCCGUGGAUAGGGACAGGAUCUCCCUUGGAGUGGACACCGUGGAAGGAAGCGUUUCGCCCGGCGAUGAACGGUCUCUUGCCUCCUUUGACAGUCGGAUGCCUGUUAGCACAUCCCUGGCGUUUUCUGACCUGACGGAGGAGUUCAUGGAUGGGAUGCAUGAAGAAUUUGUCAGGGAAAUUGAAGAACUGAGAUCAGAAAACGAUUACUUAAAAGAUGAGAUGGAGGAGCUGCGCUCGGAGAUGCUGGAGAUGCGUGACAUGUACCUGGAGGAGGACGUGUACCAGCUGCAGGAGCUGCGGCAGCAGCUGGACCAGGCCAACAAGACGUGCCGCAUCCUGCAGUACCGCCUGCGCAAGGCUGAGCGCCGCAGCCUGCGAGUGGCCCAGACCGGCCAGGUGGACGGAGAGCUCAUCCGCACACUGGAGCAGGAUGUCAAGGUGGCGAAAGAUGUCUCCAUCCGCUUGCACAAUGAGCUGGAGUCCGUGGAGAAGAAGAGGUCCCGUCUGGAGCAGGAGAACGAGGACUUACGCCAGAGGCUGCAGGACCUGGAGGUGGCCAAGCAGGUCCUGCAAGCAGAGAUGGAAAAGGCCAGAGAGAAUUCUCUGAAGAAGAGGGGAGCCCGACAGAGUAAACCAGACAAGAAGCUCUCUCCUCAGGAGGACAAUUCAGACCUGAAAUGCCAGCUCCACUUUGCCAAAGAGGAGUCAGCCCUCAUGUGCAAGAAGCUGACCAAGAUGGCCAAGGACAGCGAGAGCAUGCGAGAGGAGCUGGCUAAGUACCGCUCGCUGUACGGAGAAGUGGAUGCCUCCCUGUCCGUGGAGGAGGUGGCUGACUCCCCGCACACUCGCGAGGCGGAGGUGAAAGUCCACCUGAAGCUGGUGGAAGAGGAGGCCAACCUGCUGAGCCGGCGGAUUGUGGAGCUGGAGGUGGAGAACCGGGGGCUCCGGGCGGAGAUGGACGAGAUGAAGUGCCAGGAGCUGCCGGGAGGUGCGGGGCCCCUGAUGCUGGCCGGGGCGGAGAACAUGACGGAGCUCCAGAGGCACCUGCAGUUUGUGGAGGAGGAGGCCGACCUGCUGCGGCGCUCCCUGUUGGAGAUGGAGGAGCAGAACAAGCUGCUGAUGAAUGAGCUGAACCGCUACAAGUCGGAGCAGGACCCCGAGCUGGACUCGGCCGCCCUGUCGGAGGACAGCUGCUCGGUGCUGAGCGAGGCGUCGCAGGAGGAGCUGCUCAACGCCCGGCUGCAGAUCAGCGAGCUCAGCGGGAAGGUGAAGAAGCUCCAGUACGAGAACCGCGUGCUGCUCUCCAACCUGCAGCGCUGCGACCUGGCCUCCUACCAGCACUCCCGCCUCGCCAUGGAGACGGACGCCGAGGCCGGCGACUCCGCCGAGUGCGUGCCCAGCCAGAUCCGCCGCGAGGGGCCCGUGGGGGGCGAGAACGACCUCCUCCACGAGCAGGAGAAGAAGUCUGCAGCCAAUGAGGUUAAAGGCGGCCACGCCCACCCGGACUGCACUGCCCAAUGCCUGAGGCUGAAGGACUACGAGGCCCUCCUGGCCUUGCGGGAUCAAGCGCAGAUCAUCAACACGGCCAUCCAACUGAUUACGGCUUCUGACUCCAACUGCCUCUCGUCCUCCCCCUACCGCAAGAUCUCUCCCACCUCCUCAUCGGCCAACGCUGCAGCAGAGCAAGGCGACCCAGACAAGGGCCCGGACCCUCCCACUGACCUCCCCCUGGUGGAGGCUCUGAACAGCGGGCUGAGUGCCCUGCAGACCCAGCUCCUCUCCUUUGUGGAGAGGGUGGAGGACCUGGGAGGCUCUGGGAGGGAGCAGGUGGAGGGGGCCUCUCCCUUGCCUCUGCUCUCUGAGUCUGGGAACUUUGGGAGCCCCGAGACCUCAGAGCCACAGUCUUGCACUCUAGACCAACAGGACAAAGAAUCCACAGCUGACCAGAAGCAGCCCGAAUUUAGGGACCAAUCAGAGCAGCAGGGCAAAGGUCAAGAAGCAUACCUAAACAAGGCAGAGGAGGGCGACAAGGACAGCAACAAGGCCCUGGAAAUAAACGGACAGGAUGGGAAGGAGACAGACACGGCCGAGCUGCCUGAGGAGAUCGUGGAGCUGCAGGCCCUCCUGUCUGAGGCCAGGGAGAAGGCACGAGGGGCUCAGGAGCAGCUGUCUCAGGAGAGACAGGCCCAUAGAGAGGACUGCCAGAGCUCUUCCCAAAAGCUGAUGCAGCUGCAGGAGGAGCACCAGAAGGCCCUGGUGAGGAGGGACUUCCAGCUGCAGAGCCUGAGUCUGCAGACCCGGCUGCAGCAGAAGUUCUGGAGCCAGGAGAGGAACCUGAUGGUGCAGGAGUCCCAGCAGCUGAAGCAGAGCCUGCUGCUGCUCAGCUUGAAGCUACGCUGGUUCCUGAAGCAGUGGAGGCUGGGCAAGAAGCUGGAUGGAGAGGGCAAGGACAUCCUGGAGGUGACCAGUGUAAAGGACCUCUACCUUCUGCUGGAGGAGGAGGGGCUUGCCACCCACCAAGGGGACAAUAAGACUGCCAGUGCAGAAGAACAGUCUCAGAGUCCCAUAGCCAAAGAAUACUGCUUCCUGGAGAAGACCUACAAGCAGACGAGCGGAGUGAGCAGCACCCUGGCGGACCUGAAGGGGGCGCUGCAGGACCUGAGCGCUGAGCUGCGGGACGAGCGGCAGGGCUCGCAGGAGCUCACCCAGCAGUUCGCCCGUGCCAAGGCCUCCUGGGAAGUUGAAAGGACCGAACUCCAAAGUCACAUCACACAGCUGGAGUACAAGACUGGGAAGGCGGGCACUGGGGUGGCUGGGGAGAAGGAGGCUCUGGACCUGAAGGCGUCGCUGAAGAGGGAGCGCGAGGAGCACCAGCACCUCCUGGCGGAGUCCUACGCCGCCGUCAUGGACCUGACCAAACAGCUGCAGAUCGGCGAGCGCAACUGGAGCCGUGAAAGGCUGGAACUGCUGGAGCACUUCAACCAGGAGCGCGGGCAGUGGGAGCAGAGGCUGCUGGAUGCCCAGAGCAAGUCUGUGCACGAGAAAUCUCCUGAGAAAGAGAGUCCCUCCAGCGCCGAUGCAAACAGAAUAAACUUACAGGGGACCAAAUCCAUUCCAUCCAUGGCCGAGAUUGACGGUCCUCUGGAUGCUUGCCCCUUGUUUCCGGGGCAGGAAGUCGACAGGACCAACGACAAGGCCGCCCAGGGCACGCUCCUCGCGCGCACCGACCUGGGCGAACUCAGCAAGAAGAACUGGAAGUACCUCACCAACGAGAUGGCCCUGCUGGAGAAGGGUGACCCCUUCAAGACCUGGGACUGCCCGACCAUGAGCAGCAGCUUCCCAGGCCUGGACCUGAGCCAGGAGUGCGCCCAGAGGAGCUACACGGCCCCCGACAAGACCGGCAUCCGCAUCUACUACAGCCCACCCACCGUGCGGCGCAUGGAGAGGCGGCAGCAGAAGGAGCCGGGGUACGCCGCGUGCGUGGAGGCCGGGGGUAUGGAGGACCCCCACUCCAGCACCUACGACCGCUGGCUGUGCAAGUUCUCGCAGCAGCACCGGGACCUCCUGGAGAAUGGGGCCACCGCGGCCGCCUCGGCCAGCCUGCCCCCGCCCUUCCACGGCCUGGAGAUGUCCGGAAACCUCAGCGACGACAUGAAGGAGAUGACCAACUGCGUGCGGCAGGCCAUUCGCUCCAGCUCUCUGGAGAGGAAGUGCAAAGACACGGCCAGCCAGACGGUGGGCGUGUGCAACACCGGCACUCAGACGCCGCAGUUUGUCAGUGUUGGGCUGCAGACGGAAGGGCCCCGAGGAGCCGGCCUGCACGCCAAAGGCUGGGCCCCCCGCGUGUCCUCGCUGACCUCGGCCCGCACCCGGCAGAUCUCCACCUCCCUGGAGAAAGUGCACAGCCGCAUCGAGAGGCCCUGCUGCUCGCCCAAGUACGGCUCCCCCAAGCUGCAGCGCAGGGUGUCCACCUCGUCCUCCAAGCUGGACGGCUCCAAGGGGAGCAGCCUGUGGAACCUGCACCACCGCGGGCAGAACGGCUCGGCCUGGGCGCGCUCCACCACCACGCGCGACAGCCCGGUGCUCAGCGGCCUGAACGACGGCCUGUCCAGCCUGUUCAGCGUGGUGGAGCACGGGGGCAGCGUGGAGUCGCUCUGGAAGCCCGAAGCCAACGGCAGCCCGUGCGCCGCCAAGCCUGCCGGCAAGCCCAGCGCCGAGCCGGGGACGCACAAGUACGGCAUCGUCCAGGAGUUCUUCCGCAAUGUCUGCAGCCGGGCGCAGGGCCCGGGGCUGGCCGGCCUGGGGGAGAGGACGCACAAGGACAUCGUCAGGGAGGUGGAUGAGGUCAAGCCAGAGUGCCCCACCGCUGCCACUGACAAUGUCACCAAGAUCGUCAACAAGAGGUUCAUGAAGCAGAGCAAGGAGGAGCAGGGCCAGACCAGCAAGGACCUCAACACCAGAGACGCGAGCAUGAGCACCAGUCCACUGGAGGACGCUGCGUGUGACUGCACCGCCCAGUCUCUGACCUCCUGCUUCGCCCGGCCCUCGCGUGCUGCCACCCGCCACUCCCUGGGUCAGUGCCGGCUGCGCCCUCAGGAGCCCCCCUCCGCCACGGAGGAGAAGGGGGAGCCCGUCUACGAGUGACCUCUCUCACUGCCACACUCACAGCUACGGAAACCCCAACUGACCAACAGCACAUCCCAUGCCAAGGAAGUACAGGACCCCCUGGGAUUCCUCCGGGACCACCGCUGGCUACCAGCGGAAUGCAACAAACCCCCACUUUCAUACAGAACAAAGGAAAACACAUUGCAGGGAACGCCUCUUUGUACUGUAAAGUUACUGUAUUUGCAGUAUCCUAACAUUCUAACAUGUUGUAUACACCUCCUUGUUUCUAUAGAUUUGCACAGAAAACACCCUUGUCCUUUGUUAUUCUGGAUCUAUAGUAUUGUAUACGCUAUCAGUGUGAUGACACUAGAAAACUAGAAGAUACUCUUUUAUUUGGUGAUUAGUUGGUCUCUGUACCACUCUGUGUUGGCUGUCUCUGUCUUCAUAAGGAUUGGGAGCUGCUCUUGAUGAAUGAAUCAUGGCAGUUCAGAGGAGGGCAGCCCAGUUGUGACAGAAGCAGUUCACCGCACAAAUCAGAGGAUUCAUUCUGCUCCCAUUCACAUCCAUUAUGCUUUCCUGGAGCUGGUUGAGGGGCAACGUUUUCAAAAGCCGAGCUGUUAACUAGGCCAGCUCGGAUUUUCACCCUGCCUACAUGUAUAGUUUGCCUCUCCAACCGUUACGUUGAACAACUUGCUAAUAUUGAAUUCUUGUCACACGUCAAAUGCAACUUAUGUUUUACAAUUGAAAACUGCCUAAACAAACAUUUAAUUGUUUUUUUGAUAAAUGACUUGAGUUGAAACUGUUGUAUUUGCAAAGAUUGUAUGUCUGCAUCAGUUUUAGCAGGUGGAAGUCAUUCACGUGUCAAAACUGUUUUGAAUCCCCUUGAGUUUCAGUUGAGUAGCAUACCAUACUGAUAACAUGAUCAUGUUCCAUUUGCUCAUGUAGAAGAUCCCGCAACAGAAACAAUUCCCUGCCAGGAUCUAAAACUCACUCUUUAUUAAAGCACCAACCAAAUUCAUUAAUAAUAAUAACAGCAAUGGACAUUUUCUACUUACCGUGGAUUUUUAAACACUUGGCUGGUCCCCAUUUGUGUGUGUGCGUAUGCGUGCAUACAGCCUUUUCUCAGCAUUCCAGAAUGCACUUGCAGUGUUGUCUGUAAAGGUCAUUCCUCCCACCCGCUGUUUCAUAACCACAUCUUUGGCUGUGCCCUCUUUCCAUGCCCUGUUUCUCCCAUGGGAACAGCAUUCCAUGGGGGAGGGAAAUAUUUUUCCUCAAAUAAGAAUUCUACCUGGAACCACGUAGCUAAUACUGAAAAAUAUCAUCACACAUUGUAGCAUGAAGUGAAAAUAGGUCAGAUAGGUAGGACCCCCCCCCCAUUUUGGUAAACCUCUGUGUCUUGCAAUUCAGACCAGCAGAUCUCAAGGGUAUUGGUUUCUUUAUCAUGCCUGUAAGGUCAGGACGGCACACACCAACCUCACAUAACUUGAAGACCAAGGCUUUUUCGCUACAAGCAAAGAGGAUAAAAUACUUUAAUACUUUACAUCAUUACGGACAUGUGGUAUGACUACAUUUAUUGACUACUUUUUAUUUCUAAAUUUUCAAAAUGACUGAAACGCUCAAAUGUUCUGUUCUUUUGAUAACAAGGAUUUAUUUUUAUUUAAAUUAUUGGUAUUUUUUUAAAGAUGUAUAUAUCUGUAUCUUCAGUCUUGAUGGUGCUGGACAAACAGUAUACGUUUCAUGUUGUAAGUGCUUUUAAAUGGCUCAGAAACAGCUUUUCAAAAAUGUCAGCUGUUUCAACAAUGGCACACAAAAACUUGAGAAACAUGGAUUGUGGGUCUGGAGUAUUUCUUUGCAGAUGCCUUAAACAUGAGCAUAUUACAGAUGUCAGAUGUUCUGUAUGUAGGAAGUCUCAAUAACUUACACAUAUUUUCAUUUCCUCAUGCUAAAGAGAUGUCUGAUUCAGUUUUUACACCGUAAUGACUUAUGAGAAAGAAGGGCCAGUGUGAAUGAAUGGGAUGAACAGGGUGCACCUGCCCUACAGCUGCUGUCACUCCCUAUGGCUACCUCUCCGAUCCUGCACCUUGACAAGUGUACACAGCCUAUUGGCUUUUUAUUAAGAGGGUCAUGUGAGUGCCUUUGUCAAAAUUUGUGUUAUAGGUUGGAAGUUCCUAAUGCAGCCACGCUGGCUGAUAGGCUCUGACCGUACUCAAAUAGAACAGGACCUGACUCUGAACAGCACAGAAUUGACUGCAGGUAGCGUGAUCGGAACACUGGGUGUGACACUCAUUGAAUGUUUUCCCACAUAUUCCCUGGCAUGGUAAAGCGCAGCGAACAAAAGCAUGUCUUCAAAUGCGUGUAACAGCUUGAAAAGUGUCACAUUAAUCUUCACACAGUGUAGCAGUUUGUCCUCAAGAAGCAGAAAAUUAGCAGGGAACUGCACCUAAAAAGGAAUAACUAUAUGGAAAUUUUUAUUAUUGUUAAUAUGUAUUAUUAUUAUUAUUAUUAUUAUUAUUAUUAUACUGGUAUUUUAACCAAUUUCCACACUUCAGGUAAUCAUUUUACGUUUUGUUGACUAGGGGACGUUCCACUGGGGCAGCUACUUGUUGGUCAGGUAUGGAGUCCCUCCACCAUUUUCAGGAACUGCUGCACACCUAUCCAAUGCCACGCCCAAAUCUGCACAACUAUACGCUGCAGAGCAACCAUCAUCACUCAUGAAAUCCGUCAAAAUAUUCACUAAACUAAAAUAUUCAGCUAAUGGACACAGUUGAAAAACAUACCCUCAAUGCAAUGCUAAUAUGGGUGAGCCAGGUUAGGCACAGUGACUUCUGCCUCAGCAUGCUAUUCACAGUGCUCACUGUUUCACAUCAAGGUCAAUCUCGGUCGCAUACUAGAAGCCAUUUGCAGCCGGUCGUUCCAUCUCCUGAAUCUCAGAUAAAGGUCAAGAUUUCUGAAUCUCACCUGUCAAUUAGUUCUUUGGUUCGGUCAUACAAUUUGAUCGUACAUUUCUGAGUCUUAGAUUUCAGUGAAUUUGAUCUCUCCGUCUCUUUCUAUCCGCUGUGCCUCGCUGCAUAAUGGGCCCUGAAUGAGACUCCUGAUGUGGAAUGAUCUCCCUGGCCCUCCCCCUCACACCCCUCUCACUCUCCAGUGCGGUUUAUCUGACCAAGGGCCCCUCACUCCCUCACAUCCCAUAAUCACACCCCCCACAUUCCCCCUGCAAAGCAUCACAACAUGCAGCAAUAUGUAAAUCAACUCUUCUUAGUUCCAACUGUUAAUAUUUGCUAAAUUAUUAUUAUUAUUAUUGCAAAAUUGCCUGUGCAUUUGUUUUCUUUUUAAUACGUUGAAUCUAAACAAGAGAGAAAGAAAAAUAGAAAAAAAAAACUCCAUAAUAUUGUAACUUGAAAGAAAAACAUUGCAUAUUAUUUAUACUCUUUCUAUCCUUGCGUAGAAAAAAAGAGGAUUUUCAAGCCUUUUUCAUUGUUGAAGAGGUAAAUGUUCCUUUCCCUAGUUAGACAUGAACAUUUGUGUAAAUAGGAGAGUUUGAGAAGUUAAUGAAAGGGAAAAUGCAAUAGAAUUUUGUUUGGAUUUUUGUGCUGGGGGAGAGGUCUUUGUGACCAUGAGAUUUGUCAGCUCAAAUAUCAUUGCUUACUGUUUGUCCUUGUUCAAAAAUAAAUGUUUGUUGUAAGCAAAGCAGA